ACAAGGAUAAUAACAGGGAAAUCCAAAUGUUAUCACAUGAACAAAGGUCCACUUUAGAAACUUUUAAAUAGGAUGAUCUGGCAGCCUGAUUUCCAGAUGUAACUCCUGCAAAAUGGCAUACAACCAGCAAGAGACAUUUUACAAUCCUAAAAUCCCUUUUUCUGGAUCAAUUAAAGGAGAACUGCAGGAAGGCAAGAGUAUCACUGUAAGUGGACGAGUUUUACCAGAAGCCAAAAGGUUCUGUGUGAUUCUCCAGUGUGGUUCGACCCCGGAUGCUAAUUAUGCCCUGUACUUUAACCCAAAUUAUGAAUCUGGUUCAGAGUACACAGUAGCCAACACCAAGCAGGAUAACUCCUGGGGUCCAGAGGAGAUCUUAAAACUUGCUCUCUUCCCCAAGGGAAACCCUUUCGAACUGCAAAUCCUGGUUACAAGCAAAUCAUACAAGAUAAGUGUCAAUGGCAUCCAUGUCAUGGAUUACAUGCACCGUAUCCCAUUCAACAUGGUGGACACUAUCGUAGUGGAUGGGAUGGUGGAGGUUAAGACCAUCAGUUUCCAGGAUCCUAUGUGUGUGCCAUACAAAACCACCAUGUAUGGUGGAAUGUGGGCUGGCAAAAAGAUUGUCAUUCAAGGGCUGGUUAAUCCUCAGGCUUCCAGAUUCAGAAUUGACUUGUGUCACAAAGAUGGGAUUGCCUUUCACUCCAAUCCUCGCUUUGAUGAGAACACAGUUGUAUGCAAUACCAAAACAAUGAAUGAGUGGGGCUUAGAGGAGCGCUCUGGAGAAAUACCGUUUGAAAAGGGACAAAGCUUCCAGAUAAUCAUCUCCUGCACUACUGAGCAGUACAACGUGUUUGUCAAUGGUAAUCUCGUGACUACCUUCAAGCACCGCUUCACCAACCUGUGGGAGAUUGAUGUUCUGGAGGUGUCUGGUGACCUGAGGUUGACUGAUGUGCCUUCAUCUGAUUCCGCAAAAAGCUAUCGUAUGCCAUACAAAACAAACAUAAAUGGUGGACUGUGGGCUGGAAAAAACAUUUCAAUCCAAGGGCUGGUUAAUCCUGAGCCUUACAGAUUCAAGAUUAACUUGUGUCACAAAGAUGGGAUUGCCUUUCACUAUAAUCCUCGCUUUGAUGAGAACACGGUUGUACGCAAUAACAGAACAGUGGAUGAAUGGGGCUUAGAGGAGCACUCUGGAGAAAUGCCAUUUCAAAAGGAAAAAAUCUUCCAAAUGAUCAUCUCCUGUGAUCCUCAGCAGUACAACGUGUUUGUCAAUGGUAUACAAGUGUGUACCUUCAAGCACCGCUUCACCAACCUGUGGGAGAUUGAUGCUCUGGAGGUGUCUGGUGACCUGAGCUUGACUGAUGUAUAUGCGUAGCUAAGAAAUUUUGGAUAUUUUUGUGCAAUAUUUUCUCUGGCACAGUUUUACCAAGUCACUGUCACAUUUUAUCUGUAAACAAAGAAGUAUGCAAAAUAAUAAAUAAAUAAAUAAAUAAAUAAAUAAAUAAAUAAAUAAAUAAAUUAAAUUUGUGGAUUUUCAAUAAGCGCACUUUUUAAUCAUGGCCAGCUUCUAUUUUUAAUGAACUUAAUGAUUUAAAUGAAAUGCGAUAAAUAAAAAUAGUUACCAAGAUGUUAACAUUUCUGUCAUGCACUUCUACUUCUGCCCUGUGUUUCAAUACCCUCAUAUAUUGGGCCGAGGCAGGUGGGCUCACACAAGGCAUUACAAACACAUUCUUACACACCCUGAGGCAAUUCAGAGUAGUAAACUCACCUACCAGCAUGUUUUAGGGAGGUAUGAGUAAACUGAAAUAACUGGAGGAAAGCCACUCAGACACAAGAAGUUAAAUUGUUUCCGAGUUAAUCCUAUUUCUUUUCUAUUAACAUAUAGAAGCAAAAACAGCGCCGUCUGGUGUUACAUUUCUGUAACUAUUCUGCUUUGCUUUACUCAUGUCUUGCCUGAAGAUGGUAGUAAAUGUUAAUACAAAAACUAUAUCUAUACUCUAUAUGCAGAAUCUUCAUAAUCUCAUCCUUAACCCCAAAUGUGACAAUCCCAAAAUAUAUGUGUGUGAUCUACCAACCCAUACCCCCUCUAACAUUUCUCUGCUUCUGGACUGUCAACAAAUUUUGAUAUUGCCAAUGGUGUUCUAAAAAAGCUAAUUUUUGUUUUCCAGUCAAACUCUUUCCAGGUCUGACUACUGAUGCCCUUAUGACAUCCUGUACCUAUGUUUUCCCAGGUCUUAUCAUCAAUAAUGUUGUUUAAUUCAAGCUUUCACUUUAUAUGGAGUGUAUUAUCAGUUGAAUCAAGCAGUAACAAAGUAGUAAUCUUUUAUGUAAUGGGUGUUGUUUCUUUAAUGAAAUCAAUGAAAUAU